AUGGCCUUCUCCCUAAGCAAGAGAGUAGCUUGCUCUCAACUCUCCAAGCUUGCUGCUCCCUCACAACGAGCUUCCCUGACUUCGCGACGAUAUGCCAGUGCUGCUACUGCUGUGCCCACUUCUUCCAGUAUUCCCGUUCAAGAUGACACCCAGAUUCGUCACGAAGUCUCUGUACCCAACCCAGACCCUUCCUCCGACUCGCCGACGGCGACAUUUCUGAACCAGUCGACUCCCUAUAUGGUCCCUACCUAUGUUCGACCCCCGCCAAUGAUGGUACAAGGAGAAGGGUGUACUUUGUAUGAUAAUGAAAAUAGACAAUAUCUGGAUUUCACUGCUGGCAUAGCAGUUACUUCUUUGGGCCACAACGAUCCUGAAAUUACCAGACUGAUCGCCCACCAGGCACAACGAUUGAUCCAUGCAUCUAACCUCUAUCACAACCCCUGGACCCCAACACUCUCCAAAGCCUUGAUCGAGGAGACCCAGAAGCAAUCGCCUGGUUCGCCUCUGACUCAGGUCUUUAUCUCAAAUUCGGGCUCUGAGGCCAACGAAGCCGCGCUGAAAUUUGCUCGCAAGGUGACCUAUGCAAAAGAUCCAGAGACAAAGCAGCGAGACAUUGUGUCAUUUCAUGGAUCUUUCCAUGGCCGCACUUAUGGCUCGCUCUCGGCCACUCCGAACAAGAAAUACCAGGCUCCGUUUGGUCCCAUGUUGUCUGGGUUCCGUUAUGGAAAGUUCAAUGACGUUGAGGGUGUUCAAGAGUUGAUCACCGAGAACACUGCAGGAGUGAUUGUCGAACCAAUUCAGGGUGAAGGGGGUGUCAAUGUUGCCACCCCGGCGUUCCUUCAGGCCCUUCGCAAGCGGUGUGACGAGGUCGGUGCGAUUCUCAUAUUCGACGAGAUUCAAUGUGGCCUGUCAAGGACUGGAGACCUCUGGGCAUACACUGCAUCUGGCGUGCACCCCGAUAUUCUAACAACCGCCAAAGCUUUGGGCAACGGUAUCCCUAUUGGAGCCACCCUCGUGUCAGGCAAGACCGUCGCUCCGUACAUCAAGACGGGCGACCACGGAACAACCUUUGGCGGCAAUCCUUUGGCUUGCCGAGUCGCUCAUCACGUCUUUGGUCGACUCGCCAAGCCUCAAUUACAGGAAGAAGUUCGAAUCAAGUCGACUCUCUUCUUCAGCGCCUUUGAAACUAUGAAGGAAAAGUUCCCGGGCGUCUUCUCAGAAGUCAGGGGCAAAGGUCUUAUUGUCGGUUAUCAGCUGUCCGACUCCGCAAAGGAGAAAGCGACAGAGGUCAUAACUGCUGCACGAGAAAGGGGUCUUCUAAUUAUCACUGCAGGGGACGGUGUCCUCAGAAUUGUUCCUCCACUUGUGAUCUCGCACGAGGAGAUCAACAAAGGGCUUGCCAUCCUCGAGGAUGCCUUGAACGUCGUUUUUAAGAAGCUAAAUUAA